CAAUAUUUUAGAUGUAUCAGGUGCUCAGUUAAUAUCAUAAAGUGUUCACGUUCUGUCUCGGCUCUAUCGUGGAAAUCCAUCACUUUGACCACAUUUAAGAUAUACCAAGAUACCAUUUUAGAACGGAAGUGCAGAUAUUCUACAUUAUGUUGUUCUGUCCAACAGGCGAGGAAUAUUUCUAGAGAUUUUCGACACACAGCAACGUUUGAAGUAAGCGAGGACAAAUUCCAGGAGUACAUGCUCAUUUUGUCAUCAGUUCUCAAAGAUCCAAAAUAUAUUAACUCACAGAGAGAAGCAAAUGACGCAUGGCAAAAGAUCGAAAGGUUGAAGAAAGAUACAUAUUCGAUUGCCUUGGCAACAGGAGACAUUAAGGAUUUAGUUCGAGAGGAAAUGCAGUUUGAAGUAACAGAAACAAUCGACGGAGCAAAGGAAAAAAGAACUGACAAAUAUCUGAUGUUGCGGAAUGCUAUGCAAAUCCUGUCCAGUACGUUUGACAGUGUAGAUAUGGCUUUGAGGAAUUUGAAAAGGACAUUUAGUCUAUUCGGGCAUACAAUGCAGCGAGAUUUUGCGGAACAACUAAUAAAGAUAUACCAAGAACAGUGUUCAACCCUACCGAUCUCUGCAUUGCUAGAGGAAGAAGAUACCCAGCUAUUAGAUUUUUUUGCCGAACCAACUAUGCUACAAAUUGACCAUCACAAAAUCAAAGGAAGCGCCGACAAGGUCGCGUCAUAUAAAGACAUCUUCUUCAAAGAUGAACGACCUUGUAGAAAUAUCUACAUUACCGGAGAUGCUGGGAUUGGAAAAACAGCUUUUUGUCAACGAAUGGUUCUGACAUGGUGCCAUGCAAAAUCAGAUGGGAAACCAGACGACAACUUCUCACAGGUAAAUAUAGAUGUGAUGAAGAUGUUUGAUAUUUUGUUCUACGUGUCACUUAGAGAAACGAAGCUAUGUCAUGUUGCAGAAAUGAUCAAGCAACAGAUGCAGGUGGCAGACAAAGCUGAUUUAAUCACACACAUACUAGAAAAGGAAAACUGUUUGAUAAUUUUUGAUGGAUUAGAUGAGUGGACACAUCCAACUUCCAAUCCGCUUUGUCCAAGAAACAGAAAGAUUCCUCAUCGUCAAAUUGCGAACGACUGUACAUACCUUACAACGUCACGGCCUUGGAAGUUAGAGGGCGAUCGAUUGAAAACAAAUGAGAUCGACCAACUGAUUGAACUGAAAGGCCUUGGUAAAGCUGCCUGUAACAAGCUGUCGGUGUCAGUAGUCAAGCAUUUGAAUAAAACAUUCAAGAAAUCUAAAGAACUGUCUGACUUUCAGACAGAAGUUGCUCGGAACAAGUUGGAAAAUGUAUGCGCUGUUCCAGUCAUAAUGAUGCAGUUGAUUUGUCUUUGGUUCGAUGGAAUGACCCUCAGCAUAUCUAGAUCUUCCAUAUAUGGCAAAACAUUAGAUAUGCUUUUCAAGAGGACGACUGAGCGGGAGAAAAAGACAUCGCUGAAGUGUCUCCCUCUCCAUUUCAGCCUGAGUAUGAUAGAAGAAAUAGAUUCGAAAGCAGAAGAGAUGAAUCGCAAACUUACAGAAUGCUUUUCCUUACCAGAAGCCGCAGAGAGUUAUGGCUCCCUUUUUCACAAACUUGGAAAUUUGGCGUUUGACACUUUGUUUAGCUCUGGUGAUGAAGAGUCGGGACUGGUAUUCGAAAGUUCUAGGGGGGAAAUAUAUGAUUUGUCUGAAUCUGAAAUGAAAUAUUUGCUAUCCGUUGGAAUUUUAUCCAAAAAUAAAGUAGUUGGAACCCUCUCAAAGCGUAAACUUAAACUCAGUUUUCUUCACAAAAGCUUGCAAGAAUAUCUAGCAGCAAUGUUCAUCGCUAUGCAAGGUCGUGAAGAUGAUAACAUUGUAACCAAAGUUUUCAGUACUUGUAAGACGCUGGACAUCUUUCUUAGAUAUGAAAAUGUGUUUGUAUUUUUGUCAGGAAUUUGCCCAGAGAUGCUGAGCAAGUUUUCAGAGAGAAUAAAAGGGUUUUUAUCAUCUGACAGACAGAUAUGUCAGUAUAGGAGUUUUGCCGAUUACAAAUAUGGCUUUGUUGUCAUGUUGCCUCCCUUCAGCAUUCUGACAGAUCCAAAGUUUACUGAAGUCCGAAACGCUGAACAGCUUCUCAUUUCGUACCAAUCAUUUGUGUUACAAUGCCAACAGGAAUGCCAAAUAUCCACAGGUAUAAUGGUAGAUUUACCUCUUGAAGACAUCGUCAUUAAUGAGAAUAAUGAUACAUACUCUCCUCAGCUUCAUCCUCAGCUUCAAUCACUGCUGAAAUCAAACCAAGAAAUAAUCCUCAAGUCAGUCUCAACUACGCAGUAUAAUGAAACACUUUUGUCGGGAAAAUAUGGUUUGGAAAAGCUGUCGAUUAAUCUUAAAGGGUCAAACCGUAAAGUCAUAGAAACCUAUGAACAGUGCGUAUUUGCGUCUAGACAAACAUUAACUUGCUUGUCUAUGUCACACUCUCUGGGUGUUUUUGACAUCGGUACACUGAUGUUUCCCAACUUAAAGUCAAUUGACCUGUUUGAUCUUAAUCUUGAACACAAGGAAAUAACGGGGCUAUUUUCCUUCAUAUCAAACCAUACCGACCUGAUCCAGAUCAUGCUUUUUAAUAUCAAAUGUUCCGAACACGAUGAUGAAUGCACGGGUGCUAAGCUGGACUUAUCGCUUCAUAGGCAAUUAGACUUCCUGCGAUUACAGCAUGUUUAUGCAUACGGACAACACGAAACAAAACUGAACAGCUCAAACCUCGGAACAUUAAUAUUUGAGGAUAGUUUGAAGGCAACACAUGUUACACAUGCCUUACUUGGUGACAUUAGAAACGCCCCGCAUUUGUUUGAGUUAACACUGCUGGACAUAAAGUCACGAAAAAUGUGUGAUGUUCUCACAUCAGUGCUUCCAACAUUGAAACAUUUAAAGCGGUUAUCUCUCUACAAUUGUGACUUCGGUGAAAAAUGUGUACAGCUUAACUGUCAAAAGGAAAUUGAAGUCGUUUGCAUGCUCAAUUCAGACAUGACAUUAUCUGCUUUUUAUGCGUUUGUAGAUAGCAUUCCAAGCGAUACAAAACAUGGCGUGUCUGUUCAUUUGAGGAACUGCAGAAUUAACAACGAUUCGACGCCAGAAUUUAGAGUAAUGACAGCAGCAGACUAUAUUUUGUCCAAAAACAGGUUUAGAGUAGUGAAUAGCGAUCCGUCUGGACUCCAUUUCGACACGAAAAUCAGACAGGAACACAAUUAAAUAGCGGUAACAUUACAGUGACCAUUAUUCGGUCUUAACAUUCAACUUUACCUUGUAAGUCGCAUUAUUACACAAACUGUCAAUAUAACUUAAAAACCAACAAAUCAAAUGAUUUCCUUUGUCAGCAAUUGAAGGACAAAUCGUUGAAAGCCUUCAUCUACAUUUCUAUGCGAAAGAAAUAUUGCUAUGGGAUGGAUAAAAUCUAUUUAAGUAAUAAAAUUAAGUGUUAGAUUUUUAAUGUACUUUUUGAGAAGAGAAUAUUAUUGCGUGCCCACAUGUCGUCGAUAAACUUGACACAUGUCCAAGCUAUAUUCAGUUUUAAGGUAACCUAGCAAAUUAUCCGCUCUGUUGUAAGAUUUUAAAGAAAUGAGUUUGGUGUCAAGACAUAAGCUUGAUAACAAGACAGGAAGUAAUACUGCAAAUGUGAAAAUGAGACCAUAGGAAGCCAACAGAUGCAAGAAGAAUACAGCAAUGGUGAAAAAUGUUCAUCCUUGUGGAUACAGCAUCAAGCAAUGGAUUCUGAUUUUCGUUUUCAUCAGGGUUUUACUUCUUGCAAUCGACGAACAAAUUUGAGGAUUCUUUUUUUAAAAACAUUUGUAAAUGUAAAUGAAGAAACUACAAAUUGUAAGCAGUUUAUAUGGCACAAAUAAAUGUUGUGCUGCGCUUUGCGUCUGAGGGGGUUCAUAUGCUAGUUUAUACUAAUUUAUUUUAGGUCGAUUGUGAAGCAAGUUCUAAAACCUAUAUUAAUCACUCUCGACAUCUCAUUCCUGACGGAAUCCAUCGCCACGAGGGUAUGAGAAAAGAGAAGCCAGUUUCCCCUUUAAUGCUGAGCGCCUAGACAGGGAGCGACUGGAACCAUUUUCAUGUCUUUGGUAUGACGCGGCCGGGGUUCGAACCAACGACCUCCCGCUCUCGAAAUGGACGCUCUACCACAAGGCUAUCGAGGCGGUAAAGGGGGUUCAUAUGCGUCUGAUAUCAUUUGCCAGAUUGCAUCCUAUGCUUCCUAUGCUUCUAAAAGUUUUAUUGUACGUAUUUUUAAAUCAAAUUUUCUUUUUUCUUUUUCUGUUAUCUCCGUGCAAAAUGUCGGAGCUACUGCUAACUGAAAUAACUUCCCGAGACGUUAGAAGUUUGAAUUCAUUCCAAUGAAUUAUUAAUAGAAUAAUGUUUCGCGUGCUUCCACGAAAAUGGUUUGGUCAAGGUAUACAUUUUUGUACUAUAUUAUUGUUUCUAUACCUUAAAAUAAUAUUUAAUCUUAAACAAAACAUUUGAAUAAACUAAACUGCCAAAGGUUUGACGUAAUACUCAACAAACAAAAAUCUGGUUUCAGUUUAAGUCUAUUUUAAACUAAUUUGCAGUUUGGUUUUAUUUUGAAGUUGUAUGUUUUCAUAUUGUUAGAUCAUUUGUCACGUAGUGACAAGGUGAGCUUUUGUGAUCGCCCUUCGUCCGUCGUCCGUCUGUCCGUCGUCUGUCAACAAGUUCUUGUGAACACGAUAGAAACAACAUUUUGCAAUCAAUUUUAUUCAAACUUGCAAACAAUUUGUAUUGGCAUAAUAUCUCGGUUCCUUAUGAAAACUGGCUAGAUUCCAUCAUGAGUUCCAGAGUUAUGGCCCCUUAAAGGGCCAAAAUUUGCUAUUUUUGGCUUGUGAACACGAUAGAGACCAUAUUUUGCAAUCAACUUUUAUCAAACUUGCUCAUAACUUGUAUUGGCAUAAUAUCUCGAAUCCUUUCGAACACUGGCCAGAUCCCACCAUUGGUUCUAGAGUUAUGGUCCCUUAAAGGGCCAAAAUGUGCUAUUUUGGCUUUGCAGCCAAAUAGAGACUUCAUUUAUGGUUUGAUUUGAUACAAACUUGCAAAAUAUCUUCAACAACAAUAAAUCUUAGUUUCCGUGAUGACUCUGUCAGAUUCAAUCAAAGGUUCCAGAGUUACAGCCCCUUACUGACCCCUGAAAGAGCCAACAUCUAUUAAUUUUUGCUUUGUGAACACGAUAGAAGUGACAUUUUAUAAUUGAUUUUAACCACUUUUACACACAACUUAAGUCACAAUAAGAUCUCGAUUCCUUUCGAAAACCGGCUAGAUGCUAUCAUGGGUUCUAGCGUUACUGCCCCUGAAAGGAUCAAAUUUUCUAUUUUUAGCACUUUCAGCCAUAUAGAGGUUUCAUUUAUGCUUUGCUUUGAUACAAACUUACACAAAAUGAUUAUCUUGAUGACCUCUAGGGUUUGAUCUAAACUGGGUCAUGUCGGGUCAAAAAAACUAGGUCAUCAGGUCAAAUCAGAGGAAAAGCUUGUUAACAACAUAGAGGCCACAUUUAUGACCCUAUCUUCAUAAAAUUUGGUCAGAAUGUUUAUCUUGAUGAUUUCUAGGUAAAGUUCGAAACUGGGUUAUAUUGAGUAAAAACCUAGGUCAUCAGGUCAUAUCAAAGGAAAAUCCUGCUUACACUCUUCAAGCCACAUUUAUGAUUCUAUAUUCAUGAAACUUGGUCAGAAUGUUUACUUUGAUGAGUCCUAGGCCAGUUUCGAAACUGGGUCAUAUGGGGUAAAAAACUAGGUCAUCCAGUCAUAUCAAAUGAAAAGCUUGUUAACAUUCUUGUUCAUUUGAUGUGCUUGAAACUUUGUCAGAAUGUUUGUCUGCAUGAAAUAUCGGAUAAUUUUUAUAAAUUGGUCAUGUGGGGUCAAAAAAUAGGUAACCAGGUCAAAUCAAAGAAUAAGCUUGUUUACACCCUAGGGGGCACAUUUUUAAUUCUAUCUUCAUAAAAUUUGUCAGAAUGUUUGUUUUCAUGAAGUUUUGGACAAGUUCGAAUCAGGGUCGUGUAGGUAAAAAACUAGGUCACUAGGUCAGAUCAAAGAAAAUACUUGUUUACACUCAAGAGGCCACGUUUUUUGGUCCAAUCUUAGUGAAAAUUGGUCAGAAUAUUUGUCUGCAUGAAAUUACUAGGAAAAACAUGUUUACACUGUUAUGGUGUGUUACUCAGGUGAGCGACCUAGGGCCAUCUUGGCCCUCUUUUUUUAAUAUAUAUGUGUGUUUUGCUUAUGUUUAGAUGUAUGAUUUGUUUGACAGUAUUUGAAGACAUGUAAGUUUAAUACUGGUUAAAUAUACGCAUGUUUUAAAACUGUUAAAUUUCAUGUGUUGAUAGUAUUUGUGUACAAUUGUUAAACAUGUCAAAUAUUUCAUUUUUAUUGGUAUCAUUAUAUUCUAUUGUUUCGGUAUGAAUGUAAAGAAUGAAAUUGAUUGGAGGUAAAUAAAAUAAAU